CUCGGCGGUCCUCGGCGCUGCUCGGCGUCGGUGGAGCGGCCCGAUGACGACCAUUUGGCAGGUGGCGCGCCAGCAAAUUCUUCAACAGGGCUCGACCUCCUAACCGAUGACUUGCCACGACAUCCAGGGUACCGCAGCCAUGAUGCUUCGCUCAUCAAACCCACACACUUUCCUUGAAUCCACCGGGGACCUUGUUUAUUAUCGUCUUCGGAACACCUUCACACAUGGCUGAUACUGUUGCUGAAGUUGAUGCGGGUAUAUGCGGAUGCUGCUGCAUUUGCUGUGAGUCGGCGCUCUGGACUUGGUGUAACACCAAGGCGUUCGGAUCUAACGACCUUUGCGAUGGCCAACGGGGCUGGUGCACUAGCUGUUUCGAAAAGUCUUUCGACAGGGAUAGAUUUGAAGAAGCAGUGAAAACACAACAGGACAGGGAGCAGCGCGAGAACGGCGGAGCUCUUCAGCCCGUCACCGACCAACCUACAUCCAGCAUGAUGUCGAUUUCGACCAAUUCUUCCGGAGAGAAGACGUCUCUUGACACCUGCGCACCUGGUAGAAGCACCCUGACUCUUGCCGACGAAGAGCCAGUAAAGGUUUAAUUAGCUGUAUGUAUGCGCUCCAGAGUUGCUCCGGAUUGAAGGUAGCUGACGUCCAUCGUAUAUACCCCCUUGUAUCUUCCUAUACCAUUCCUUUAUAACGACAAUCCACUCGUUCU